AUGCCCUCGCCCACCGACGACGAGACCCCGUUCCCGCCCCUCACCCACGCGUCCACCUUCAGCGUCUUCGGCCGCUCCCACCUCUCGCCUCACGAUGCCGCGCCGCCGCCCCAGCACCGCCGCCGCGGAGGAGGAGGAGCCACCGGAGCCGGCUCGGGCGCGAGCGGAGACUACGUCGACGGCGCUGCCGAGUCGCUGCCCCGGAUGAGACACAUGGCCUCCGACCGCAGCACCAGCCGUCGCCGGAAGCGCGCGUGGAAGAAGCUCAUGUGGGUGAAGCAGUCGUACCCCGACAACUACACCGACCAGGCCACGUUCCUCGAGAACCUCCAGCGCAACCCACGCCUCAAGCCCUACGACUUCUGGCCCCUCGUCGCCGACUCGACCGUCAUCCUGCAGCACGUCUGCUCCGUCAUCAUAUUCGUCGUGUGCUUCGUCGGCAUCUUCAAGGACCGCGUCUCCCCCGUCUCCGUAGCCAGCUGGAGCAGCUUCGGCACCUUUCUCGGCUGGCUGCUGUGGGAGCGCUGGGUCUCCGAGGAGGAGGACCAGGACGACGAGCUCCUCCUCGCCGCGGGCGGCGCCGUCGCCGGCACCACGACGGGCCUGGGCCGCGCCGGUAGCGUUCGCCGCCGAGGGCGCGCCGCGAGCAUGCGACGCCCGCCGCCGCACCCGCUCCGCACGGAGUCCUUUCCGUCCACGCCCGCCGCUUCGCUGACGCCGUCCGCGACACCCUCGGCGGUGCCCUCUGCGGCCAGCUCGACGACCAACCUCCACCUGAACGGCGGCACCACCCUCAAGCCGCCUCAGUCGGCGUCUACGACGUCGCUCGGGUCGCAGCAACAGCAACAACAGCAGCUUGGCCCCGGCGGGGACAUGUUGCCGCUGCCGCAAAACAUGUCGGAGCCGGAAGAGUCGCGAGCGCAUCAGCGCCUCGGCACCAUCAAGUCGGCGCUGCUCAUCUACUGCACGCUGCUCGGGCUCAGCCCGAUCCUCAAGUCGCUGACCAAGUCGACGUCGAGCGACAGCAUCUGGGCCAUGUCUUUCUGGCUGCUGGCCGUCAACAUCUUCUUCUUCGACUACUCGGGCGGUGUGGGGGCCAAGUUCCCGGCGUCGCUGUCGACCAACGCGGCGCUCAUGGCGUCGACGGUGCUGGCCAGCCGGCUGCCGUCGACCAAGCAGGUCUUUAGCCUCACCCUCUUCAGCAUCCAGGUGUUUGGGCUGUUCCCCGUGUUUCGGCGGCACGUGCGGCACCGCAGCUGGCGCUACCACGUGGUGCAGACGGUGCUGCUGGUGCUCGGCGCCGGGCUGGGCGUCGGCAUGGUGGUGUCGGACCCGCGCCGCGACGGCGGCUGGCCAUGGAAGAACGGCACCGUGGGCAUGGUGGUCGGCGUGGUGGUGGCGGCGCUCGCCACGGGAGGGUGCAGCUGGUGGCUCAUCGGGCUGCAAAAGUACAAGAACGAGAUUCGCGGACCGUGGGACCCGGCGCGGCCCAUUAUCAUGAGCAGGACGCGCUGGGACGAUAGAUGA